AUGCGUCGUGUCCUCUCACGAAGCAUUCCUGCUGCUGCAGUACGAUCAACGCGCUCAGUACCAGCUUUCAGAAUGGCUCCCUCGAGCGAACACUCCAAAAUAGCAGCUCGCAGACUGCAUGCCACAGCCCAGCAUCUGAAGCCUGCCACAGCUCUAGCUUUCGAUUCCAAGAAUUAUCCAACCACACACGAGAAGAUACAAGAUGUCCAAGAUACGCCAUACUUCAUUGACAACAAUUUCGUGGCGUCAGAAGCUACUCAAUUCAUCGAAUUGCACGACCCUGCGACCAACAAUCUGGUCACAAGAGUUCCUCAAAGCACUGAUGCAGAGCUCAAAGCCGCAGUAGAAAGUGCCCAGAAGGCAUUCCCAGCAUGGAAGGCUACAAGCGUUAUGGCGAGACAGCAGAUUAUGUUCAAGUUUACACAAUUGGUGAGGGAGAAUUGGGAUCGAUUAGCAGCAAGCAUCACACUGGAGCAGGGCAAAACAUUUGCUGAUGCUAAGGGCGAUGUUCUCCGUGGUCUACAAGUGGCUGAAGGUUCAUGCAAUAUCCCUCAGCAAAUGAUGGGCGAAGUAUUGGAGGUUGCCAAGGAUAUGGAAACUCGCAGCUACAGAGAGCCAUUGGGUGUCGUAGCUGCUAUUUGCCCAUUCAACUUCCCUGCUAUGAUUCCUCUAUGGUCCAUCCCAAUUGCAACUGCCACUGGAAACUGUCUCAUCCUAAAGCCCUCGGAACGUGAUCCUGGAGCAGCAAUGAUCCUUGCCGAGAUCGCCGAGAAGGCCGGCUUUCCCCCAGGAGUUCUGAAUAUUGUCCACGGUGCUGCCAAGACUGUCGACUUUAUCAUUGACGAGCCUGCCAUCAAAGCUAUUAGCUUCGUCGGCAGCAAUCGAGCAGGAGAGUACAUCUUCGCCCGCGGCUCAGCAAAUGGAAAGCGAGUACAAGCCAAUCUUGGUGCCAAGAACCAUGCUGCGGUCCUUCCAGAUGCCAACAAGCAACAUGCGCUCAAUUCCAUUGUCGGUGCUGCCUUUGGCGCUGCCGGUCAGCGAUGCAUGGCUCUCAGCACGCUCGUCAUGGUUGGAGAAACCAAAGAAUGGCUCCAUGAGCUUGCAGAGUCCGCAAAGUCACUUAAGGUGAACGGCGGAUUCGAAGAAGGUGCUGAUCUAGGACCAGUCAUCUCCCCUCAAAGCAAGGAGAGAAUUGAAAGUCUUAUUGCCAGCGCUGAGGAAGAUGGUGCUACCAUCCUCUUGGACGGCCGUGGUUAUAAGCCAGAAAAGUACCCGAAUGGCAACUGGGUCGGACCAACCAUUAUCGCGAACGUUAAGCCGCAUAUGAAAUGCUACAAAGAAGAAAUCUUUGGCCCCGUCCUAGUCUGCUUAAACGUCGACUCCCUCGAUGAGGCAGUUGAUUUAAUCAACGCCAACGAAUAUGGCAACGGAGUUGCCAUCUUUACCAAAUCCGGAGCAACGGCUGCUGCAUUCCAAAAGAAUAUCGAGGCAGGUCAAGUAGGAAUCAACGUUCCCAUACCUGUCCCGCUUCCUAUGUUCUCAUUUACGGGUAACAAGAAGAGUAUUGCAGGUGGUGGAGCCAGUUACUUCUAUGGAAAGCCUGGAUUGCAAUUCUAUACGCAAUUGAAGACUGUCACUAGUUUGUGGAAGAGCGAGGAUGCCAUUUCGAAAGCAGCGGAUGUGUCUAUGCCAACACAUUCAUAA